AUGGAGAUUGUCGGAAAAGUCGCUGAGGGGCUGCAGAACUUCCGGGAGAACCGGUUGUCGGGCCUCAAGCCGCCGCAGGAGUUUUUCGACCACCGCCAGCUCUCGCGCCCGCGGGACAUGAACGAGGCGACGCACCGGGUGACCUACAACACGCGUAACUUUAGCGGCAACUACUUGCUCAUUGUCGUGAUUCUCGCUCUGUGGGCUCUCCUCACUAACCCGCUCCUCCUCAUCGUCAUUGGCCUGUUUGCAGGUGGCUUUGCGGCCAUCAACAAGUUUGGCGCGGACCCCGUCACUGUCGGCAACCAGGUCAUCACUCAGAAGACGCUGUACAUUGCCCUUUUUGUCAUCGGCAUCCCGCUCCUCAUCAUCGCCGACCCAUUCAGCUUCUUCUUCUGGCUCAUUGGCUCAAGCGCGAUCCUCAUCCUCGCCCACGCGGUCCUCAUGGAGCCCGGAGUCGAGAGCGAGUACUCGUCUGUCGAGCAGGUGUAA